AUGGAGAUUGAUUCGGGUCGAUCGCCUGAACCUCACAACCUCUCCCCUACAAGCGACCCAGACUCAAUACCCACUCUUGAUGGCUGGAUUGAGAGUCUUAUGACCUGCAAACAGCUGGCAGAGCAAGAUGUACAGAGACUGUGCGAUAGGGCGAGAGAAGUAUUACAAGAGGAGUCGAAUGUGCAGCCAGUGAAAUGUCCAGUGACAGUGUGCGGAGAUAUACACGGCCAGUUCCAUGAUCUCAUGGAGCUGUUCCGUAUCGGUGGACCUAAUCCAGAUACUAAUUAUCUUUUCAUGGGCGACUACGUUGACCGCGGCUACUACUCCGUCGAGACCGUGACCCUCCUCGUCGCCCUGAAGAUCCGUUAUCCACAACGCAUCACCAUCCUCCGCGGUAACCACGAAUCACGUCAGAUUACCCAAGUCUACGGAUUCUACGACGAGUGUCUGCGGAAAUACGGCAACGCAAAUGUCUGGAAAUACUUCACAGAUCUCUUCGACUACCUCCCCCUCACCGCGCUCAUCGAUAACCAGAUAUUCUGUCUCCACGGCGGCUUGAGCCCGUCAAUCGACACCCUGGACAAUAUUCGCUCACUGGAUCGGAUCCAGGAGGUGCCCCAUGAAGGACCUAUGUGUGAUUUGCUCUGGAGUGACCCGGAUGAUAGAUGUGGUUGGGGCAUUUCACCCCGUGGCGCUGGGUAUACGUUUGGUCAGGAUAUUUCGGAAGCGUUUAAUCACAACAAUGGAUUGACCCUGGUUGCUAGGGCUCAUCAACUGGUAAUGGAGGGGUAUAACUGGUCACAGGAUCGCAAUGUGGUGACUAUAUUUUCAGCUCCAAAUUACUGCUAUCGAUGCGGAAACCAAGCUGCUAUUAUGGAGAUCGACGAGCAUCUCAAAUACACCUUGUAA